ACAAUUUGUUGUUGAAACCGCUCACUAUGAACUUGACUGUAUACGGAUGGUAGUAAUACGAGAUAUAAGGUCAGAGUUUUACGGAGAAGUUGUUGGAAAUAGAGUUCUUGUAUGUGUUUAUCCUGAUGUUGAUGGUUUAUGUACAUGGAGGGUUUUGAAGGAACUUUUCAAACACCGAAAUGUGCUUUACACGCUUGUGAUUGUAAAGGAUAAGGGAGAGUUAAAGGAGACUUACUCAAAAAAUCGUGACUUUUUCCAGGUGGCAGUGUUUAUAAAUUGUGGGGCAAACUUCGAUGUUGUUGGUAACUUAGAUCCUCAAGAGGAAUGCAUCUUUUAUGUUUGCGACAGCCGCCGUCCGAUUCAUAUUAAUAACUUCUACAACCAACGUCAGAUUAAACUCUUAUGUCUUAAUGAAGACACCACGCUAGUGCCGAAAUUCGAGGACGUGUUUCGAGAGUUCUCGAGUGAUGAGUCAGAUGAGGAUUCUGAGGAGCAACAGAACAGAAGAUUGCAACCAGAUGAUAUCGAAAAAAGAAUAGAAAAAAGGAAAUGGAAUAGAAAAAGACAAGAACUUUUAAUGGAUUAUGAGAGCUUUUCCUACCAUAGUGUUGCUUCAUCUGUAGUCAUGUUUGACUUAGCCUGGAAGCUCUCCCAGGAAAACAACUGCUUAUUAUGGUAUGCGAUAGUAGGUCAAACCUCUCAACUAAUCACUCAUGCAAUAAAUCGAGAACAUUAUAUUGACCAACUAGACUAUCUUCAAAGCCAUAUGAGUCGUCUAAGUCAUAUUGGUCAAAUUCAUUCUGGAACAAGUACAAGUGAUGAAAAUAAAGCUAGAAUCGAAAUUUUAUUUGAAGAUGAAUUAGCUCUAUGGCUUUAUAGACAUUGGAGUUUAAAAGAAGCAAUAGAGACCAGUAUGGUAACAGCAUCCAAAUUCAAACUGUUUACUGAAGGAGGACAGCGACGUAUGUAUGAAUUUCUUGUACAGUUGGGAUUGCCGCGACGUGAAUGUGCACAGUUAUAUUCUUCUAUGAAUAGUAGUUUGCGUGACAGUUUAAAUGCACAAUUUUUACAAUAUGGUGAAAAAUAUGGUCUUUCACGAACUGAUCUGUUUUUACCAUCUUUCAUUGUUCAUUUGGGAUAUCGAACACCUAUGUCGGCAGUCGAUGCUGUUUUCCUAACUAUAUCCGCUUUAGAGUGCUAUAAUAGCGGUAAUCCGGUGGAAAACUUUCAAACGGCAUUGGACACAGUAGCUUGGUAAGUUUUGCUUCAAAAUUCAUACUUUCCUAUGGUGCCAUUAUCUUACGCAAAUUUUCACUAGUUAAAAGUUUAUUUCAAAAUCAGCUAAUUGCAUUAACUAUCUUUGGUUUGAUUUAUUUAUUUAUUACAAGUAACUAAGAUGAAUCAUCUCUCGUUUAAAAUGGCCAUCGUGAAUAUAAGUCUGGAUACUAGUCCAUAGUCUUGUAUGGAAGCUGAAAGUAUUAAAAGCUUUAUACUUGGUGGUUGUUAUCUUCUUAUUGCCUGUCUAGGUCACAGUAGCUCAGAUGUAUUCACUCUUGACAUCCUUUUAAGUUAUACACUUUAAUAUUAUUUCAUACUUUUAUUGCUCGAAUAGUAUGCUCCAAUGUCUUUCUCACUAUCAUAUACUCUAUAAUUUUGACACUUGCUACUAGUUAUAUGUUUAUAGUUAAUAAAUUAUAUUAGUUUGAUCUUAAUUUGUAAAACAAAUAAAGAUUUAGAGCUACUCAACCACGUUUCUUACAAUUCUUCUUAAAAGGUUUCUUACUUUAAAUUCAUCGCUUACUGAUACGGUGUCCAAUAAUAAUGUCUUAAUUUGUUAGAAAGUAAUUGAUCUGGAAACUGAUUUCUUCCAGUCGCCUUCGAUAGUUAGUCGUGUUUAUUUUGUGUUGGUAUUUUGCAUAUAAGCCAAUAGUCUUAUUUUCAAUAUUAAAUUAUUCUGAAGUCUACGUCGAUAAAUCGGUUUUGUGAACGAUCAUCAUUCAGUCACAUCAUAUCACUGCUUAUCGUGUGUCGAUCAACAUUCUUGUCUAUCAUUUCUUACAAUCGAAUAAUCGUUUCGUCAAAUCACGGAAUCUCCCUCCAUAACAAUCACAUGUACCUGUUCUUAUUUUCUAACUUUUUAUUUUAUUGAAAAACGGUACUCCCUAACUCAAUGCUUUCGAUGGAUAAAAGCGUCGAAUGUACUUUUGUCAAGCGAAAAUGUGCAGUGAAUGGACUAAUCAUUAUUGCAUCUUAUUAGUUAAUUUUGAUCAGUUUCAUUUAAACUGUGUAUUGUUAACUCUACGUAUUAAAUUCAAUUAUGAGCAAAGAUGGGUGGUCGGUAGCACUAGUAUUCGGGACGCGCGUUUCGCCAUCUUCGAGACAUCAGUUGGAAGAUUCGAACAACUAAUACAAGAUGAACUAAGUUUCUUCCCAUUGCACGAGCUAGUAGUUAUCUAGACUCAAUAGCUAAGUGGGUAGUGCGAUGGUGCUUGAAGCGUACGGCACUUGGUUGGAGUCCCGGAGUGAACAUCAACUCUGAGAUUCAGGCACAAUCUUAAACAGAACGAGACGCGCGGCCUGGAUUCCAUCACCUAUCUCUGGUCAUAAUGCUUGUGACUUCAGUUAAUAUUGGGGCAAUUCGCACAGGAUAGAUAUAUGUUAGUAAGAAACUGGUCGAUUGCAAGUACAAACGUUAGAGGGAAGAUUCAAACAACCUAUACAAGAUAAAUUAAUCCAAUUAUGCUUAAAAUUGUGACUAUUUAAAGUUAAAUUGUUAAUAACAAUCUGUUCUUACUGGAAUAAGUAUGAUGGCUGUAAAAUGUAGUGCCUCAAUUACUUAAACAGAUAUUUUGAAUAGGGAAUUCUUGGUAUGCUCUUUUAACAUUUGUCAGUCCUAUUAUUUUGUACAUGUUUUAAAAAUCACAGUAAUUUGGAUACUCAAGCUUGUUUGAAAUAAUUCCAGUGGUUGAAAUUUACAUAACUUCAAUGUUUCUAACCGUUAACUACCUGUUUGAGCUUUUUCAGAGAUUUUGAUUAUUUCCAUGGAUAAGCUUGGAUCGGAUCGCUGAGUGGAAUGUUGGUAUCAUUUAAACUUCAAUUGCAGAUACGUUUUUCAAAAAGUUUCUACUUCUGAUCUCUAGUGUAUACUCGGUGUAUAAGUUUUGGCGAAUGUUCAUUCAUCUUAAAUCAAAUCAAAUUUAUAAUUCGACAACCUCAGUAUUCAGUAAUUAAGACGAAAGCAAAAAGAUUUCAACAAUCUUUUAUUGAAUGGUGAACCAUACUAUAGAAGUCACAUCUAUCUCAAUGUUUCAACCACAUCUAAUCUAACUGACAUGUCAACUAUUGAAAUAAAACACUAUUAUACGCAAAGUUUUUUCGCAAACAUCUGAAUAAAUUCGAUUCUACAGCGUUACUAUGAUGCUAAUAAAAUAUAUACAAUAACAGUAUAUAUCUUCACUACCGAUGUAUACUUUAAUCUCUUGAUUAAGAUCAUGAACCGA